CUGUGUACUGCUCUCUGUGCUCUGCAGUCCGGUCCGCAGGUUUGGUCCUGUCUGCUGUAUGUCCGCAGUCUCUGGUCAUCUCCUGUACUGUGUCCGCAGUCUCUGGUCAUCCCCUGUACUGUGUCCGCAGUCUCUGGUCCUCUCCUGUACGGUGUCCGCAGUCUCUGGUCAUCUCCUGUACUGUCCGCAGACUCUGGUCAUCUCCUGUACUGUCCGCAGACUCUGGUCAUCUCCUGUACUGUCCGCAGACUCUGGUCAUCUCCUGUACUGUCCGUAGUCUCUGGUCAUCUCCUGUACUGUCCGCAGUCUCUGAUCAUC